AUGGCGCAGACGCCUCCGACAAAGCCGACAGAAAAUCCCGACGCAACCCACCGACUGCAGCGUACGACGAUGGGGGAGGGAACCAUGGUUGGCGAUGUCGACAGCCGGGUUUGUUGGGUGAGAAGGUGUUCUCAAAGCAUGAAUUUAAUCAGGUGCUUGGUUCUGUGCUCCUUCAUUUGGACGACUUGUGCCGCGGAUCAGAAUGUCGAAGCCUACUCCAUUGCUUCACAGCGCUCGGACAACAACAUUGAUCGAAGAACAUACAACGUACCUCUUUCUGAAGUUCGGUACCAAGGACCGUACGGAGACCAACAAAGAUUGCCGAAUUCAAUUCAGGCAACAGAAGAAAUAAUGGAGAAUCCAUUCAUCGCCAACGGAACAGUCCGCCAACAUAGGUAUCGAAGUACAGAUCAGGAGUAUUCGGGAGCCUUCCAGAGGAAGACUUCCGAAGACAUUACGGACAUUUCGUCAUCAAACACGGCUCCGGAUGAUGAGAACCUGCCGGAAAAUAACGUCAAGAAUCCAGCACAAGGAACACCUCGUGCGCCGAAGAGGCAACCAUUACCAAAACCGAAGAUGAGCCAAUCGAACGGAGUCGCAAAAAGAUUAAACAUAAAAAGCAAACAAGCUAAACAACUUCGGUAUACCGGACCUGUCCCAAAACAUCAAAUCGUUUUCGUAAAGGGACUCAGAGGGUACCACUUUUUCCGAAAACCGGCUAUAGUUCGUACCCCAACCGGAAGUUUGCUCGCGUUUGCGGAAGCGAGGCGUCGCAAGGACAGCUUUUCUGACGUGAUGAUUCUCAUGCGACGCAGCCUAGAUCAGGGGAAAACUUGGAGCAAAGCCGCCAAAUUGGUUAAAGCCAAAAAAAAUCAAACCUUCUUCUCGCCUGCUCCUGUGGUUGACAUGAGGAAUGGAGUAGUUUCUGUUCUAUUCACCUUGAGAGAUGUAGUUCCGAAAAAGGUUAACGACAAGAUAGAACAGAGGCCUAGACAGUCAGUCUGGGUGAUCAGAAGUACAAAUGAUGGCACAUCAUGGACUGCAUUGAAAGAGAUAACAAGAUCGGUACACAAAAAGCCCCAAGAAGAAUAUUACACAGGACCUGGACAUGGUAUCCAGUUGAAGAGCGGCCGAUUGCUGGUCCCUUGUUACACCAUGAAUAAAAAUGCAAAGAAAAGGACCUUCAGGGCACACGUUGUUUUCAGCGAUGAUGGUGGUAUCUCAUGGAAACGUGGAGGUAAUAGUGCCGUCGGCACUGGUGAAUCGUCCGCCGCUCAACUCCCCGAUGGCUCAGUCGUCCUCAACAGCCGACAAGGAAUGGGAAAGCAAAAACGAUACUUGGCCUACAGCAAAAACGGUGGUUUAUCUUUCCAACGCGGGAUGUUCCAUAGCCAGCUCCCCGAAGAAAUGAACGGUUCACCUGCAAGUACGCUGAACGUUGCGGCCGGGAAACGAAACGCUCUUGUUCUCCUACAAUCCCAUAAGAAGAAUCUAACAUUGCGGGUGAGCUCUAAUAAGGGGCAAACAUGGAAACUAUGGAGGAACAUCGGCCCUGGAUGGUCAAGCCACGUUGACCUUGCCUUCACAAAGUUAGGGUAUUUGGCUGCCGUCUUUGAAGCAAAGCAGGAAACCAUCGGUUUCACCAGCUUCCCUCCGGAUUGGAAGAUAUGAAAAACGGAAUGAAAAUACACACUUCAUCGCUAAAAAAGGUUACAGAUUUAGAGUCGCAUGGUUUUCGAAGGUGAAUUUGCUCGACUACUCUGGAAGAAAGAACACGAACAAAAAUGCGCUGAAAUUGACAGGUCCAUAAGGAAUUCUUUAGUUGCAUCUGAAGGGCGAACAUUCCAAAUUUUCCAGGCA